AUGCCUCUAUAUGCCAAAUUUCUGAAAGAGCUUAUUAACAAGAAGAGGAGUUGGCAUCAGGACGAAACUAUAAUGCUCACUGAAGAAUGCAGGACAUUAAUUCAAAAAGGACUUCCACCCAAACUUGAAGACCCUGGAAGUUUCUUUCUGCCCUGUACCAUUGGAAGAUUGAUCAUCAAGAAGGCAAUGUGUGAUUUAGGGGCAAGUAUCAACCUAAUACCCUCUUCUUUGGUGAAAAAGCUUUGUAUAGAGGAAGUAAAGCCAAUACAAAUAUCUCUGAAACUGGUGGAUAAGUCAGUGAUAUGUCCCAGGGGUGUGAUUGAAAACCUUCUAGUUAAGGUGGACAAAUUCAUAUUCUCUGCAGACUUUGUGGUCUUAGACUCAGAUGAGGAUGAAGGUGAUUCCAUCAUACUUGGAAGACCAUUCUUGGCCACAGCUAGGGCCAUUAUAGAUGUAGAGCAAGGAGAGCUAACCCUCCGAAUGCAUGAUGAAAGCAUCACUCUGAAUGUAUUUCCAAAAACACAGCUCAUUGAUGAAAAGAAGAAUUGUAUGGAAACUGACAAGGAAGACUUGCAAUGGAAGGAAGGAAUCAACAAGACAACCAGUAAUCACCUUCCAAUGCAAGAAACAGACAACACAGCAAGAAGAAAAGAGAAUGAGAUGAUGCAUAGUGAUGAAGGAACUCAAGAAAAAAUUGAAGUGUUGACCACUAAGAAGGAAAAUCCCAAAACAAAGUCCUCUGUCAAAAAAGAAUGA